AUGCCCAUCUCACAUCGGCACCUCCACCGCCACCAUCGUCGAGAUAUUCUCGACGACAUUGACGACAUUGUCCAUGGAAAGAACCCCUUUGACGAUGGUGACGAUGGUGAUAAUGACAGUAAGGGAAAUGGAGGUAGCGACAAGAGCUCAGAUAGCAAAGAUCAAGCCACUGUAGUUCAAGUUGUCUACAAGACCAUGUCAGCAACCUUUUCCGGCCCCAUUGGCGGCUAUGUGACUGUGCAUCAAGGCCAAAGCCCUCCGACAGUGGCUCCCAAGCCCUCCCCGAAGCCUGAUGCGCAAUCCAAGGAAUCACCAAAGGAGACGCCAACACCAGCAAAGGAGACGCCAAAGGAGACGCCAAAGAACACUCCCAGUCAGCAGGAACAGACACCCCACGCACAAAAGACAAGCUCCGCUGAGCCGACUGCCAUUCGCCCUCCUCAGCAAACACAAUCCGAGUCCGAAACAGCCCUUGCCAAGGCUACGGGAACACCAUCACCAACGCAGUUGGCCCUUGACGGUAACCGAGCUCACUCGGGCGCUGCCACCCCCACCAUUGAUGCGGCAUCAACAUCUUCGACCCCCAGCAGUGUCAGUGCGGCCAGCUCUGGCACGAGUGCUGGAGCCAAGGCUGGAAUUGCCAUAGGAGUGCUCGGUGGCGUGUUCGUCAUAGGACUGCUCGUCUUCUUCCUCGUCAGCCGCCGCAGAAAGCAAGCUCAGGCCGAGCAGCUUAUGGAUGACAACGAAAAGGUUCAACCAGCACCUCCACCACCGGUCCAGCCGCGGGCUAUUACCCCAGUCAUUGCAGUGUCGCCACCAGUGUCACCACCAAUGUCUCCAGCCAUGUCCCCGGAACCCAUUGACGACAUGCCUGUCCGAACAAACCCGAAUGCGCCACGCAUUAGCCUCAGGCCCGUGACCCAAUUCCUGCCCAACUGGAAUCUCGAGAAGCAAGCUGCGGCGGCUGCUGCUGCUGGCGGUGUUGUUGGUGUCGCCGUUACUGGCGAUGGCUCAGACCGUCCCAACACCAGCCAGAGUGAUCACCCUGCUAACCCAUUCGGUCAACAAGCCGAGCGUGUUCCCUCCCCUAUUCACGAAGAUGCAACCGUUUUCACCCCUUAUACGCCAUCUGAGAUGUCUGUGAGCGACAGUGCGUCAAUCUCUGAGAUUCCGCAUGCUGAAGAGGCUGUUGCUGCCACUGCCGUUGCUGCUUCUGCCGUUGCUGCCGGUGCGGCUGGUGCUGUUGCCGGAGCCGCAACGCUGGCUCGCAAGCAAUCGAUGCGAAACCGCAACCCUAACAAUGUUGAUCUAACUGUCAAUACGCUUGCCACUGUCCCUCCAAGCCCUGCCGUCACCGACUUUAGCGUGUCGUCACCCGCUGCUGGUUCUGUGCCUACGCCUCAGCCAUCUCAGAGCGCUGCUGCUAUCGCUGCUGCAGGCGGCCCUGCCAACUCUACCGUUCACCGGGUGCAGCUUGACUUCAAGCCUACACUCGAUGAUGAGCUGGAACUGAAAGCUGGUGAUUUAAUACGACUUCUUCACGAGUAUGACGACGGAUGGGCGCUUGUCAUCCGCAUGGAUAGAUCUCAACAAGGUGUUGUUCCUCGCACAUGCUUGUCUACGCGAGCAGUUAAGCCUCGACCUCCCCAGGGACCCCCUCCCGGCAACCCAGCUGGCCCUCCAAGGGGUGUCAACUCUCCUACCGGCCAGCGACCAAUGACUCCUCAAAGCCAGCGCCCCAUGACACCGCAAGGCAAGUUCCCUCCUAACGGUGCUCCGAGAAUGGGACCUGGCCCUGGAUCUCGUCCUGCCUCACCCGCCGGUUCAAUGAUGAACCGCAAUGGCGCAGGUCGACCUCAGUCCCCAAUGGGUCGUCCAAUGAGCCCCGGACCCAAGUACCAGGGACCUCCCACCAGCCGACCUCAAAGCCCCAGUGUGAUGAGCCAACAACAAAACAGCCCUACUGGGUCUAGCCCAUUGAACCCAAAUUCAAACCCAACAUCGCCAACGGGCCCACCGGCGGGACCAGCAGCUAGUCCCAUCGAGAGGAAACCGGUUCCCGGCCAGGCCUACUAA